UCGCCAAAGAUGGCUGCGUCCAGUGAGGUGGCGUGAAAGUUGUGGAAAGUCGGAGUGGUGGGGUGCGUGAAUCAGAAGCAUGAAAGACCUGGGAGCCAUGUCGCGACUGAUCAUGAAGAACCUCCCUAAUGGGGUGGAAUUCUGCAAGUCCUUUGGAGACCAAACGAAACCCCGAGCCUGGAGCAAACAUGCCCAGAAGCCCAACCAGCCCAAGCAGUCAUCACAAGACUCCAUUCCCUCAGACACUAAAAAAGAUGACAAAAAGGAAAAAGGUGCCCAGUGUCCUGGAGCAGGAGUUCCUGUCACUUCACCAGAAGAGGGCCCAGGUGGCCACGUGGGUAAACGAUGCUUUGUACACCGAGCUCCCAAGAGCAAGGACCAAGCCAGCAAGUGACUCUUCUGAACUUCAACUCCGACUGGGACUCAGGGCAGAAGAGUGAGGAGGAGCCGACUGGAGAGGAACCUGAAGGUGAGCGUACACCCCAGGUACACGUAGGCCUUAGCCUUGCUUGCCCUGCCCGGAUGGACACAAGUACAAUAUACUUGGUGCAAGCAUACAAAGGACACUUUGUGUAACACUCUGGUGACAAGGGCUCCAGGAAAGGGACAGCCAGGUGCUUCCCUCUAGCCAUCUGUGGGCUGAGCAGCCCACCCACAGGUGUGUCUCCCCCCAGGCAGAUCUAGUCACCUGACUCAGCCACUAUUCACUGAGCACGUACAGUAUGCCAGCACAGCUUUGGGGACUGUGGACACAGUGAGAAAAGACCCCAAGAAUCCCUGUACCUGUAGCAUGGGCAAGUGGUUCCCAGUUGAGCAAGUGUGGUGACAGGGUGUGGGGAAGCUUCCCAGAAGGGCUCCUGCUGCUCUAGGGUUUAGUGGUAGGGUGUCUUGUCCUCAUGGGCCCUGCUGUGACUUCUAAGUAGCCAAUCAGAGCACAGAGCUUUGGCCCUAAGUCUACAGUCCACUGUAAGAGCUGUUCUGGUUUAUUGGUGAGGAUGUGGGACUACCUCAGCUCAACCUGGUUAAGUCUGCUGAACUUAAGGAAUGUGGGACUGAGGGUGGGGAGGCCGGGGAAGUAGGGAACAGCCUUGGAGAGGCUCAGAGAAAGGGGCAGCCGAGGAACUGGAGAGGCAGAGGGAGCCAAAGGAAGGAGCUGGAACUUUCCACUGGAGGGUGCUGAACAGAGCUGUAGCCCCACAGUGUGCUCAGAGGACAACACAGGCUGCAGUGUAAGGGAUGGCUGUCCCUCUGCUCAAGCAGGCUUCCCUUUCCUGCUUCCUCUCCCCCAACUCUUGUCAUCCGAGUAUGCCACACCAGGUGUCUGCUGUACUUUAGUGCAAACUAUACUGUUUUCCAGGGACACCAAGAGUAGAGGACAAAGUGUCAGCCAGCAGUCUUGAAUCUGCUCUGGAUGUAGAACUCAGACAUCUGGGCCAUCCGCUCCUAUCAGAGAUUUCUUAGGGGGUCUUCCUUGACCAAAUCUGUUUUUUCUUAACCUGGAAUG